CAAACAAGAAAUCUGGAAUUAGCCAGGGCGACCCCCAAAAGUCCGGGUCAGGUGAUCCGCGCCACGUUAGAUCUCAAUUUAAUUUAAAAUGGUUCAAAUUAAAUGAACAAAGUGGCAUCGUUUUUACUGAUGAAUGUUGUCCGUUACAAGCAAGACACAGUCUCUUUAUCAG